GACAAGCCAUAAUCCGGAGCCUCCUCCAGGAAGAGCCAGACAGUCCAGUUUCGCAGAAGAGGAAGGCAGGAGGCAGGAUGUCUGGAGAGUUUGGGGAGCUCACACAGACUCCCCUACAGAAAGUAUGGAUUCCCCGCACCAGCAAGCGCCUGCAGCAACGGAGGGGAUCUUCUGUGCCACAGUUCACCAAUUCACCGACCAUGGUGAUCAUGGUGGGGUUGCCAGCUCGUGGGAAAACAUACAUCUCUAAAAAGCUCACCCGCUACCUCAACUGGAUUGGGAUCCCCACUAAAGUGUUCAACGUUGGGCAAUAUCGCCGUGAAGCUGUCCAGACCUACAAGAAUUACGAGUUUUUCAGACCUGACAAUGAGGAGGCCAUGCGGAUCAGGAGACAGUGUGCACUUGCAGCUCUCCGGGAUGUUCGAACCUAUCUGAGCAUGGAAGAGGGACAGGUUGCGGUUUUCGAUGCCACAAACACGACGCGGGAACGGCGUGCCCUCAUCCUACAGUUUGCCAAGGAAAAUGGCUACAAAGUUUUCUUCAUUGAAUCCAUCUGCGAUGACCCAGAUAUCAUCCAGGAGAAUAUCAAGCAAGUGAAGUUAACCAGUCCUGACUAUAAGGACUGCAACCGUGAUGAAGUGGUGGAGGAUUUUCUCAAGAGGAUUGAAUGUUACCAGCAAUCCUAUGAGCCACUGGAUGAUGAUUUGGACAGCUCCCUAUCCUACAUCAAGAUCUUCAACGUUGGCAGUCGAUACUUGGUAAACCGGGUCCAGGACCACGUCCAGAGCCGUACUGUCUAUUACUUGAUGAAUAUUCACGUAACACCCCGGUCCAUUUACCUCACCCGGCAUGGGGAGAGUGAGCUCAAUCUGCAAGGACGCAUUGGGGGUGACUCUGGACUGUCUGAGCGUGGCAAACAGUACGCCUGUGCUUUGGCCAGCUUCAUACGUUCCCAGUACAUCUGUGAUCUCAAGGUAUGGACGAGCCACAUGAAACGCACCAUAGAGACAGCAGAAGCACUGCAUGUGCCCUACGAGCAAUGGAAAGCGUUGAACGAGAUAGACGCGGGUGUGUGUGAGGAGAUGACUUACGAAGAGAUCCAAGCCUACCAUCCCCAAGAAUUUGCCCUAAGAGACCAAGACAAAUAUCGGUACCGCUAUCCUAAAGGAGAGUCAUAUGAAGAUCUGGUGCAGCGGUUGGAGCCUGUCAUAAUGGAGCUGGAGAGACAAGAGAACGUGCUGGUGAUCUGCCACCAAGCUGUCAUGCGCUGCCUCCUUGCCUACUUCCUGGACAAGAGUGCAGAGGAGUUGCCUUACCUCAAAUGUCCACUUCAUACUGUUCUCAAGCUCACACCUGUGGCCUACGGCUGUGAGGUGGAAUCCAUCUUCCUGAAUAUUGAGGCUGUGAAUACACACCGGGAACGUCCAAAGCAUCUUUCCUAUAAAGCUAGCCAGGCCCCCUUGUACCGGCACUUCCGCACCGUGCCAAUGGCAAGCCCCGAACCAACCAAGCAACCUUGCUGGAAAGAUCUGGGGCGCUCCUCUCCCUUUUGCCUGUUUGGCCAUCAGAAUGUCGAUGUGACGCGAAAUCCCGAGGAAGCCCUAAAUACAGUACCAGACCAUUACUAACCAUACUACUUAUUAAUAAAAUCCUACUUUUCAUUCUGCUGUGAA